UUUUUUUUUUUCACUUUUUAUUUAAUGCUACCAGAGGAGUUUCGUAGGUGAACCCUCAACCCUCUGCAUGCAAUCCCAAAGAUGGAAGAUUUUAUGAGUCUUAUAUGUCACCAUGACCCACUCUCCCUUCUCCAAGCUUGUACUGAAGUAUCCACUUCUCUCCCUCCUUCAAACAUCCAAAAAAGCUUCAGAGAUCCUCCAAAUCCAAGCCCAGUUGACCACCACCAACCUCAUCUCCGACACUUUUGCUGCAAGCCGAUUGAUAAUCUCAUUAACUUCAGGCGCUCUAAGCAUGAAUUAUGCAGAGCUCGUAUUCUCUCAAAUUGAGCAUCCCAGCACUUUCAUUUGGAAUACCAUGAUCAAAGGCUAUAUUGAAAGCUCGAAUCCUUGUCGUGCUUUCCAUUUCUAUUGUCAGAUGCUAGGAAAGAACGUGUUAGGAGAUAACCACACGUACCCAUAUGUGCUUAAGGCUAGUGGGAUGAUGUUGGGUUUAAAUGAAGGGAGGGAGAUUCAUGGGGAGGUUUUGAAGAGAGGGUUUGCUUCUGGUUUGUUCGUGAGGAAUGCUUUGAUCAGUAUGUAUUGUAGGUGUGGUGAUAUAGUUUGUGGGCGGACAUUGUUUGAUGGUUUUCAUAAUAGGGAUUUAGUUUCUUGGAAUUCAAUGAUCAGUGGGUAUGUGAGGUGCGGGGAGAUGGAUGAGGCGCAGAAAAUGUUCGAUGAAAUGCCAGAGAGAGAUGUAUUUACUUGGGCCAUGAUGAUUGAUGUGUAUGGGAAGAAACUUGGUGAUAUUAGUCGUGGUCGUGAACUGUUUGACAGAAUUCCUGACAGAGAUGUGGCAUGCUGGAAUUCAAUGAUAGAUGGGUAUGUGAACCAUGGAAAAAUGGUUGCUGCACGUGAACUAUUUGAAGAGAUGCCCAAGAAGAAUGUGGUCUCUUGGAGCAUCAUGAUUGACGGCUAUGCCAGGUUUGGGAACUCGAAGGAAGCCUUGAGUCUCUUUAAUCAGAUGCUUCACCAUGGAACAAAACCGGAUAAAAUCUCUACCAUGGGUGCGAUAUCGGCUUGUGCUCAAUUGGGUGCACUUGAUCAUGGGAGAUGGAUACAUACCUAUAUACAGAAAAACAAAAUUAUAUUGGACAUCAUAGUUCAAACUGCUCUCUUGGAUAUGUACAUGAAAUGUGGGAGCCUGGAGGAGGCACGCAUGAUGUUCCAAAGCAUGCGUGAAAGGAAUAUUAUUUCUUGGAAUGUUAUGAUAGCAGGACUUGGGGUUCAUGGCUUUGGAGAAGAAGCUGUUGAGCUAUUUGCUCAAAUGGAACUGCAAGGAACGCCAAUGGAUGAUUUGAUAUUCCUGAGUGUUUUAACUGCCUGCAGUCAUGCAGGCUUGGUAACUAAUGGUUUGGAUGUUUUCAAGAAGAUGGCUAGUGUUUACGGUAUCAAGCCUAAGCUUGAGCACUAUGGGUGCUUAGUAGAUCUUCUUGGUCGCGCAGGACAAUUAGAUGAAGCAAGAAAUGUCAUAGAGUCUAUGCCCAUGGAGCCAAAUUCAGCCUUGUGGGGAUCUCUUCUUGCAGCCUGCAAAACUUAUCACAAUGUGCCUCUUGCAGAAGUCUCAGUAGGGAGGUUGGUGGAGCUCAAGGCAGAUGACUGUGGGGUGUAUGUUAUCUUAUCAAACAUCUAUGCUGAAGAGGGGAUGUGGAAGGAUGUGUUGAAGGUGAGGAAGCUUAUGGGUGAUAGAGGGAUAAAGAAGGCAGCUGGGAGAAGUGUAAUUGAGGUUGAUGGUGAGGUUGAGGAGUUUGUUAAUGGUGAGAGGUCUCAUUCUUCAACUGAGGAGAUAGAUUUGGUGAUCCGUAGCUUGUCCAUGAUGAUACUAUCUGUAGGAUUGAUAGUUCCUUGAGAUGAAGAAUACUAAUUAUACCUCUUGUCUACCUACAUGGACUGCUUUUUCUUAGACAUCCUAGAUGGACGCACAGUCUGUCAAACGAAGAGAAGCAAGCUGGGGAGGAAAGUGCAGUAACCACUGCAAUAUCAGUUAUCAGAGAUGGUAUUUUCAUAAAUCCGUGUCCACUAGGCAAGGCAAUAAGGGAUUCAUGAGGUCAAGCGAUGCCUUGGGUUUCCCCUGCAAGCUGCAAUUAACCAAGCUCCGUGUUGCAAUCUCAAAAGCAGGGAAUUUGUGGUGUAGGCUAUCAGAAAACUCAUAAUCGUGAUACUUUGGAUAAACCACUUUUCCAUCAAGGGCUACAGCAGACUUUGCAACUGAAGUGGGGUCAAGCUUGGUUGUAGCUGCAUGUUUUUAGAUUCAGACUAAGUGAUAACCAUGAUAAGCUCUUCUAUUUAUGCAUUCCAUAGAAGAGUUCGAACCAAUUUGUCUGCAAUGGAUCCAAAGUUAAGGGGAGACAGCUAAGAGAAGAGCAGGGCUUCUGCAUACAACAUAUUGUUGUCAGAAACGCACUGUAAAAGAUUCACACUGGAACUCUUUUUGCAUUUCCAUGAGACUUUAUUGGGGGAGAGAGAGAGAGAGAGAGGGAGGAUUUUAUAUUGCUAUUUUAGAGUUUUAUUUUUGAGGUCUCACUUGGUGUAACCAUGGUUUGUUUCACCUCAUUGAUGAUGUUUUGGCUCA